UAAUGUACGCAUUCAAUGUACGAAUUCUUCCAUCGCGCCAAGAAGGUGCCCGUCACUCUGGAGGAGAUCAGAGGAAAGUCUGGAGGCGACAAGAAGGCGGACAAGGAGAAGAGCCAAGACAAGGAGAAGGAAAAGGACAAGGCAAAGGAUGACAAGAAGGAUACCGAUCCGGAAGGCGAUAAUGGCCAAGGAGACGGAGGUGCGUCUGGCAAUGAAAAAGAAAAGGAGAAAAAGGAGAAGAAAAAGCGCAAGAUCCGCCUGGACAUGCAUCCCGAGCAGAUCUUCGUGGACGGCUCCGAGGCAUACGUCUGGAUUUACGAUCCCAUUCCGCUCCACUACUGGAUCUUCGGUUUCAUCCUGCUACUUGGCGCCGUUGGCAUUUGCCUUUUCCCUCUGUGGCCUCCACUGCUACGCAAGGGUGUCUACUACUUGUCCAUUACGGGUGCCGGCUUCCUUGUUUUCAUCCUGGCUCUGACCAUUGUACGUCUUAUUGUGUUCAUCAUCAUGUGGGCAAUAACCGGCGGCAAGUUGCACUUCUGGAUCUUCCCCAACCUAACCGAGGAUGUGAGCUUCUUUGCCUCCUUCUGGCCACUAUAUGAGAGCAACUAUAACAGUGACCAAAAUAAUUCGUCCGCCAAGACCGACAAGAAAUCGAAAUCGAAGGACAAGAAGAAGGAAAAAGAUAGCGAUGCCGAGGACACAGCCGUGGAUGCGGAUGGAGAUGCUGACGGUGAUGUGGAUGCGGAGGUUUCCACGCUUGAACCAGAGAAAAUCGAGCUUAUCAAAGAACAUGACACCGACUUGGAAAUCCGCAAACGUCGCAAAGUGGGUGCCGACGAAUACGAGGAAGACGAUGUGGAUGAAGAAGAACCGAAGACGCAGCCCAAAGAUUCCAAAGCUGGGUAAGACGGAACCGCUCAGUAAUGACAAGGAUUCCUGCUUUAUUGCUCGAAUUUGUAUUUAUAAUUUCUUUAAUUUCCG